AUGUCGUCAAACAACCACGAUGAGAUGGAUAGCACUCAAAAAGAAAAUACGAUACUGAAAGGAGAUGAUACGAUUGCUUCUCCCACGCAGGAAUCAACAACCGCCGAUCUGGAAAAAGAUAUCGAACCCGGUAUCUCUUCACGUACAGCCGAAAAUGAACCGAAUGAGGAACAGACAGAGACUCAACCUGCUGAAGAUACUGGAGAAUCAUCAAACUACCUCAAUGGCUCCCGGUUAUACAUUCUCUCGGCUGCCUUCACGUUCGCCGGCAUCAUGCUGGCCAUUGAUGGCAGCAUUCUCUCUACGGCAAUCCCCCGGAUAACCAGCGAGUUCAAUUCCAUCGACGAUAUUGGCUGGUACGCCAGCGCGUAUCUUCUCGCUCAAAUGUCCCUUCAACCUACCUUUGGGCGUGUAUACAUCUACUUCGAAGCAAAGAUUAUGUUUCUUAUAUCUUUACUCGCUUUUGAAGUGGGCUCAGUCAUCUGCGCCGUGGCACCCAGUUCUCCCGUCCUCAUUCUGGGACGUGCCAUUGCGGGAGCAGCGGCGGCGGGAAUGUUGACGGGGAACUUGGCAAUCUUUGGACAAGUUGUUCCAUUGCGGAAUAGACCUCGAGGAAUGGCUAUUAUGACCGGGUUAUACUCCAUUGCAACACUUGCGGGACCAACGGUCGGCGGAUUACUUACAGAUUCGCGACUGACCUGGCGUUUUUGCUUCUGGAUCAAUCUGCCCUUUGGGUUUAUUGCGGCGGUGAUUGUGAUAUUCAUUCUGCACCGGAAGCCAGGCAAGCUUUCGAAUUUGCCCUUGAAAGAGAAAAUUGGACGUCUCGAUUUGGCAAGUGCAGCAGUUCUCACCGCAAGUUUAGUAUGUCUAUUUCUCGGGCUGCAAUGGGGUGGCUCGACAGACCCCUGGUCUGCGCCUCGCGUUUGGGGCUGCUUAAUCGGGUUCGCGGUGCUAUGUGUCAUCUUCAUUGGGCUCCAGGCUCACCGGAAAGAAAAAGCGACCAUUCCGCUUCGUCUUUUGGAACAAAGAACGGUAGCUAUUUGUUGCAUAUUCUCUGGCUUAUACGGAGUUGCCAUUGUAACGCACAGCUAUCUCUUGCCAAUCUGGUUCCAGGGUGUGAAAGGUACCGACGCGACCAUGUCUGGGGUAUACAUGUUGCCAUUCACAGUAGCCAGUACAGUCGCCGUUCUUGUCGCCGGAUUUUCGAUCACAGCAUCUGGACACUAUGUACCCUUCAUGUGGGUCGGCUCCUUAGUCUACGUUGCAGGGAGUGCCUUGUAUGCGACCCUGAAAACCAACAGCGAUGCCGGAAGAUUCUUGGGCAGCCAGAUCCUAGCCGGCGCAGGAUUUGGUACUGCAAUUCAAGUCACCUUCAUUGGAGUCCAAGUGGUUACCCCCGCAAUUGACAUGCCCACUGUCUGUGCUCUCGAGGUGUUCUUUCGCCAACUUGGCGGGUCUGUUGGGAUUAGCGUGGCGCAGAGUAUCUUCUUGAACACAUUGACAAGCCAUCUCCGGAACGUUGCUGGAAUUGAUCCGGAGACUAUCAUUCAUGCCGGUGUCAUCGAAGGAUCAUGGUCAGAUCAUAUGAUGAAUCCUUCCACAAUCAAAUUGGUAAAGGAUGCAUUGAACACGGCAAUCACCCGAGCUUUUCUUCUACCGAUUGGGGCCACGGCUUUUGCAGCUGUGGUUAGCCUAGGGAUGGAGAGACGCCAGAUCGAGGAUGACAGGGUUGUUUCUCCGAAGAAAGGGGCUGGGACUAACGAGAACGAGGGUAAUCCUUCGGAUAAGCGGCCCGCCAUGGUGUUGGAUGAUCGCCCGGCAAUGAAGGAGCCUACUCUGUACGAAAACGUGACGAAUGGGGAAAGGGGAAGUAAGUAA